AGGGACCGCGCGGGCACCUAGGAAUCGGCUCUGCUAGGAAACGCUGACGCGCCGCCCCACGUCGCGCUGCCUCAGUGAAAUGGCUGCUGCCGCCCCGGCCCCCGCGCUUGUGACCGAGGCGCGCUGCGCCCAGCGGUGCAGGGAGUAUUUGGAGGGAGAGAGGAUCCUAGAUGUCAGUCACCGGGUGCAGAAGCUGCCAGAUGGUACCGUGGCACUGCCUGUGCUGGAGGGGAAGUUCACCAAGCAGCACCUUCAGGACUUGAGGGGGAGUAUGGCCCCUGGAACAACAUGCAUACUGGCCUGGAUCAAGAAGCCCGUCCCCUCCAAGGCUUCUCGAGUCCAGUCACCUGCCAAGAAGCUGUGUGGUGAGCUGCAGCACUUAGUAGCACGCUUUGGGGGCAGGUGGUCAGAGGAGCUGGAGCAUGACCUCCCUCACUCCUGGCAGCGACACGGUGACCUGGUCAUGCUGAGCAAGGACUGCUUCAAGGCUGCCCUGUGGGACGAACUGGGACCAGAGCUCUGGGAGACGGUUGCUUCUUCUCUGAGGGCACAACGACUAGCCAAACAAGGGCGAGUAUCCCCAGAUGGGGUGCGAACCCCAAUUGUUAGCCUUCUGCUAGGGCAUGAUGGCUGGGUGGAGCACAUGGACAAUGGGAUCAGAUACACCUUUGAUGUGACCAGAUGUAUGUUCUCUUCUGGAAACAUCACCGAGAAACUACGGGUAGCAUCGCUGCAGUGUCCCGGGGAAGUGCUGGUUGAUCUCUAUGCAGGGAUCGGCUAUUUCACGCUGCCUUUCCUGGUUCAUGCUGGUGUGGCCUUUGUCCAUGCCUGUGAGUGGAACCCACAUGCUGUGGAGGCUUUGAGGAGGAACCUGGAGUUGAAUGGUGUGCGGGAUCGGUGCUGGAUUCACCCAGGCGAUAACAGGCAGUUGGAGCUGCAGGAUGUGGCUGACCGGGUGAAUCUGGGACUGAUUCCCAGCUCAGAGCAGGGCUGGCCCAUCGCCUGCCAGGUUCUGCGGAAGGACACGGGGGGGAUUCUCCACAUCCACCAGAAUGUGGAGUCUUUCCCUGCAAAGGCUCUUCAGCUGCCCUGUGGCCUGUUGGAGGAACAGCCACUCUGCAAUGGACAGGAGGACAGCGGGGCCCAGAGGAACCACAGGAGCCCAGAGACUGCUGAUGUGAUGGAUUCUGUGCAGGAGAUUCAGUUCACUGGGACCAGGCCUGAAUGGCAGAGGUGGGCAGAGGCCACGGGAGCUCAGAUCAGGGCUCUGCUUGAGAAGUUGCGUGGGGAGCCAUGGAGGACAAACAUCCUGCACAUCGAGCCAGUGAAGUCCUAUGCGCCCCAUGUGCACCACCUGGUCCUGGACCUGGAGUGUCGUCCGCUGCAGGCAGAGCCUCACUGAAGGAACAAGGCUCAACCUAGUCACAGAAUGCUGCUAAGGUGGAGCCAGUAUAGACUGGGGUCUGAACAAUGGAGAACUUUCCCAGCUCUGCUGUGAGAGAGCUUGUUUGUCUCUUGUUCCAGCCCUGAGCUGGCAGUUGCUGUGAUGUUGACCCACAAUCCCAAGAGCCCUGUGAAAGGCAGUCUCAGCAGGAAGCAUUAAAACAGACUCCUAAGAGUGCA